AUGAUGAGUGUUCGAAAUCGGGGCUGUGUUCCGGAAUUGGACAAGGAAGGAGUCUUCCUGAAACCGCUAGACGUCCCCAGCGAUGAAGUGUGGCAACAGAAGGAGCCCCUCAAGCCCUAUGAGCGCAUGCACGCUCACCACACCUUGGCCAGUGCCAGGAGAUACGCCUUUUUUAGGCCCUUUAGGGAUUUAAUACCGGGCGAUGACCUCGAUUUUAUCUUAAACUCGCCCUACGACCACUCUCAGGAAAUAUUUCCUGACCCAAUCGACAUCUACCUACAACCGGAAACGCUGGGUCAAGCCACCUGGCGGCGAUUACGAAACACUUCCGAUUUAAAAUCAUCACUCGAAGCACGUGCUAGGAUUGAGCUUCAACAACAGAAACUCUUUUUGGCGGGUCAUGGCCACCUACCGUUCAAACUUAAUAAGUAUCAUCCAGUGAUUAUCAGUGGAAUUGAGGAGCGGCGACACCCAAGCAAUGUUAAAUUAAUGAAUUCGUCUCAUCAUUCGCCCCAAACUAACGCUGGGUACUCGAGACAGGACUCGGACGGGAACUUUUACCAGUAUUAAUGAUAAUAAUAAAAAAACUUGUCUUGAA